GAAGCAUUGAAGAGGUGAAUCGUGCUUGGUCUCCGCGGAAUAGACAGAAAUACGUGGGAAUGUUUACUGAACCAAUAUAUGAUAGCUAAAGCAGGAGAGCAUGCCAGGCCAUACACACGGACCUCUGCGGCUGCUGCUGCUGCUGCUGCUCUGCAUGAUUGUGCGACACUGACUGCAACGAGGCCGGCCGCUUGCAGUGUCGCACACUCGUGCAGACAGCCCGUGUGUGUGUCCUGUCUGUCCUCCAUGCUCUCGGACGUUCCACAUGUAGGUAAGAAAUACCCACACACAUACAGACGUCACCCGUGUGUGUCCGUGCUGUAUAUAUUGGUUACGCAUCUGUCCAUACUGACUACGUGGGAACCGGUCCCUGCCGCCCUUCUAUACUUAUUCCUCGUCCAUUUCGGCGGACUCGUCCAUUUCGGCGUACAGCUUGGCCAAGGCGUCCUUGUAGGACUCGGGUUCCACCUUAUCGACACUCUCCUUCUUGCAGCACCACUCCACUCUACCCGCUUGGCGGUCGGUCACGGCAUCGCACGCGACCUUGCAGAACUCCUUGCUGCACUUACGGGACCACUGACAGUGUGACACCACACCACACCACACCACAUCACACACACAUAUGGAUGGAUGGAUGGAUCCCCAAUGUCCAAUGCCCACCUUGUACAUCACUUCCCUCGAAUGCUUGAGGCCGUUCAGGCACGCCUGAACAUUGAUCACACCAGUGCAGUGCAGACCACGGCACACACGUGUGGUGGAUCGGCCCUUUGUUGAAUCGUGGUUCUACGUAUGGUUCGGUGUCGUCUGGACAGCUGGUCCUCUUUCCGGUUCCGCACCCCUCGCCACGGGCGGCGCCCAGGUGGUCAUCCUGGAAGCGGACCUGACCUGAUGAAAGGCAAACCAAUACGUAUCUGCAUCCAGCCAUCCAUCCAUCCACCACACACCUACCCACCGGUUUUGGCCUUGUUGACGAGCUGCUGCUGGAUGGUGUUGACGGCUUUGAGGGCGUCAGCGGUCAUCUUGCUGGAUGCCUUGACCAUGUUCUUGGCCUGCUGCACCUUCUGCUGCGCGAGCGAAAACAUCCGCUGCUUGCUGGACACGCCAUACGUUGCCGACAGCUCUCCUGAUCACACACACACACGCACGCACACAUACGUCGUCCUUCCAUCCAUCCAUCCAACCACCUGCACACCUUCCUCAGUGUCGGUGUCAUCGGUCUGUUGUUCGAAGAUCUCCUCACUACGGCUAAAAAACGACUCACCUGCACACACACACACAUGAAGGCCAGCCGUAUGUGAGCCAUCCAUGAGCGAUGCGUGUGUGCUGCAUAGAUCUUUCAAAGAUCUGCCCACCUGAGCUGUCGGACGGGCCCUCGCAGUUCAUGCCAUACAGAUCGCAGUCCUCAUUCCGUCGAGCGGCGCCCACUGCGGCCGACAUGGCCGCCGCGGCAAUGAGGAGCGCAUACGCCAUGGUCGCCAUGCCCGUCAUCGCCCGCACUCUCCGUCUGACGUGGUCAACCGACGGCUGGUUCUUCUUCCGCCGAUCAGAACAACAAAGUCUUCCGCAACGAAUCGCAAGGGAAGGGACUGGACUAAUCGCAGGAAUCCCGGAUCUGCGAAUCCCGG